AUGAAUCACAAUUUCGCCUUACAUUGCAUGGCGUUUAUGCUUGAGCGCUCACUAUUACCACCAUCAGAGCUAUUCCCCCUUUCUGAUUUCAUAUCCCAAGAUCUCAGGCCCCCAAGGUCCGCCAACAUGUCAACGUACACUCAAGGUGCUCAACAGUCACUUACUUUCAGCAGUCAAGCAUCUGAAGUUUUUCAACGUAACCUGGAGGCGAAUGCAAGAUGCAUCUUCCAUGAAGUGAUGGCCUAA